AUGAACGGCGAACAUGCAAACGCUGUAGCUGGUCCCUCAAAUUCCCAGCCAACAUCCAAGGCGUUCUUUUCAUCGUCGCCCUCAUCCACGCCACAUCACCCCCAACCUCCGCUCCUCUUCCUUCCACCUCCAGUUCCACCUCCUCUAAGGCAGCACCUUCAUAGCACGCAAGAUUUGCUCAAACGCUUCCAGCUGCUACCGGCUUACGACAAAUACGUGCGCCCAUCCGCUGUAUCAGGCUCGGAUGCUGGGUUUGACGGCGCUGAUCCUACUACGCCGGCUCCCGUUACUCCUGGAGGUGUGGACAAGGGGAAAGGGAGAGAUGUGUCGGGCUCGGGUGGGGUUGAUCACUCACUUGAGGACACGGGGCUUGGUGAUGGGGGAGAUGGUGAUGACGAUGACGGUCCUGGGGGAAAAGGAGAGAAGAAGAAGAAGAACAGCUAUAAACACCUCAUCAAAGGCGUUCCUGGGAAACACUCGAUGAAGAAAGACGAUUAUCUGACGACAACGAUGCUUGUACCACCAAAACAACGUUUCCAGAUCACGCCGUUCGAUGCUCGGACCCAGCGGGAGUCUUUCACCGUUAGUCCGGAAGGCCUGAAAGGCUGGAAUAUCAACGCUCUCGUUCUGGAAUCCGCACAGGCUCGCGAGGACAGGAAAAAACGGAAAGAGCUCAAACGCCUUGCAAAAGCCCAACAAGCUGGUGCUCUCGCAUUGUCGCCUGGUACCCCACCCCCGCCCACUCAAGUACCGAUACCUACAUCUGCAACUGGCUCCACAUUCCGACCGACAGACGCACCCACACCACGCACGGGGGGUACAUCCACCCCACGUUCGGCACUCGCGAGCGGUUCUCCACGCCCAGGCUCGCAUGUCCUCAAAUCAGGUUCUACGAAUCCGAAGUCUGGAUCAACUGUUGAUCCAAGGCCCGUUCCCCGACCGGGAUCAACGGCGCCUGUUUCGGCGCUCCCUCCCCCUACAGCUCGACCUAAUCUGCCCCCCGUUCAAGUACCUACCGCACGAGUGGGAACGCCACUGAGAACGGCUACGCCGACGAGUGCACAUCCGAUAGAUCAGAGAGGGAAGAAGAGGGAAAGGGACGAUAGCAACGGUGUUGGGGUGAAUGGCUUGCCAAUCAACGGCGUGUCGAAAGGGAACGGGGUUGGUGCGGCUUCUGUCAACGGGAAUGGGACAGCGUCCAACACUGUUGUGAAUGCUAAACCUGGAACGGGGACAAUCCGGCCGAGGCCGAUCAAGAAACAGCGGAUGGAUAUGCAAGGACAAGCAAGAGACGUUGCGACGCCUGUGCAACAGCAGCCAACCCCUCAAGGAGUGUAA